UAAAAGUCGCUGUCUCCAACACAAAUACCACUUUUAUCUUUCCAGGAUUAGCACAUAUGCUCUGUGGACAAUUGGUCUUCGCAACAUUAUUGGGAUAUUUCUGAUAUUUUACUCUUCAUCAUGACACUGUCUUGAUCACAUUCCUGAAAUAAUGAGAAACCCCAUUUGAGUAUUGGAUAUGCUGAUUUUCUGAGGGAUAAUCUGGGUUUUCAAACAUGUGAUAUCGGAAUUGAAAAUUCUGAUUGUCCCGGGAAAAUUAGGUAGUGGGUAUCCAAGAUUUUUAUUCUUCAGGUGGAAUUAGGGCAGAGGGUAUUGUAGUUUUUUGUUUUUGAGGGGAAAUUCGGAUUUGGGUAUUCGCCAUUUUGAUUUUCCCGGGAAAAUCUGGUGAAGGGUGGUGGAAUUUUUGAUUCAUGGGAGAAUAUGGUAUUGUAGAUUCUAAUUUUUCUGUGGAAUUCGAGAGCAAAUUAGGGAUUGGGUAUUGGAGAUCUUGAAUUUUUUUAACGAACUGGUUUGUCAUCAUUUGGUGAAAAUUCAGGAAUUUUGUGAAUUGUAUUUCUUUUGUGUUCAUCUGGAUCUCUUGAUUUUGAGGAGAUCUUAUAACCAAUAUUUAUGGGCAAUGUGAGAGUGGGUUUUAUGGUUUUGGAAGGGUUUGUUUUUGUGGAUAGUUUUCUUAGGUUUCUGCGGUGACAGUGAGAUUCUGACAGUUCCAACAAAUUCUUUUGUUUGUGUGUGAAAGUAAGAGGGUGGUUAUUAGUUGGUAGAAAAUAAGGAAGUUUUUAGUUUUGUGGAGAGAGAAGCAUCUAUUUCUGUCUCUCUCAAUUUCUUUAUAUGAUUCUUCGGAUGGUAUAAGAAUCAAACUUCAAAGAAUAACAGUUCAAUACACUCAUAUAUAUGUAUAUGUGGGUCAUUAUAUUGUUCUGAAUCUGAUUCUGAAAAUUAAGAUUCUCUGUGUAGCUAGCCAAAAAAUUCCUUAUUUUGUCUUUUGUUGGUUGUAACAUUUGAAGAUUAUGAGGUUUUUAAGUCUGGUGGGCAAUUCUUUUGGAUGCUCGGCCUCCGGGGAGCGUUUGGUUUCGGCGGCUAGAGACGGGGAUCUCCAGGAAGCUAAGGCUUUAUUGGAGUAUAAUCCUCGUCUUGCUAGGUAUUCCACAUUUGGUGUGCGCAAUUCGCCUCUCCAUUACUCUGCAGCUCAAGGCCACCAUGAGAUUGUCUCGCUCUUGCUUGAGUCUGGGGUUGACAUUAAUCUCAGGAAUUAUCGCGGGCAGACUGCUUUGAUGCAAGCUUGUCAACAUGGUCACUGGGAGGCUGUUCAGACUCUGGUUCUUUUCAAAGCCAAUAUCCACAGAGCGGAUUAUCUUAAUGGGGGUACUGCUCUCCAUUUGGCUGCCCUGAAUGGGCAUUCUAGAUGCAUUCGGCUCCUGCUCGCAGAUUUGAUUCCUAGUGUUCCUAAUUUCUGGAAUGUUUUGAAGGAAAGAUCGAAAAAUAAAGAAUCUAUCUUAGAAUUCUAUGAAGGUGCACUCUAUGAGGUAAUUAAUAGAACUUCUGAUGGAGGCAUCACCGCCCUUCAUAUGGCCGCACUGAAUGGGCAUGUUGAAAGCGUGCAAUUACUCUUGGACUUAGGUGCUUCUGUUUCAGAGGUCACUGUUGAAGAUGGAACUACAAUUGAUCUAAUAGGUGCAGGAAGCACAGCCCUCCACUAUGCUGCAUGUGGUGGAAAUGCACAAUGCUGUCAAAUUUUGGUUGACAGGGGUGCCAGUCUGACUGCUCAAAAUGCAAAUGGAUGGACACCCUUGAUGGUUGCUCGUUCAUGGCAUAGAGAACGGCUUGAGGAAAUUCUUACAACACAUCCAGAAGAGCAGCUGCAACUCAUUCCUUCGCCAUUUUUAUGCCUUCCCCUUAUGAGUAUUGUCAAAAUUGCUAGAGAAUGUGGAUGGAGGAGCAGUGAUUCCCAUUCCACAUGCGUCGACCCUUGUGUUGUUUGUCUGGAAAGAGAGUGCACAGUGGCUGCAGAAGGUUGCGAUCAUGAGUUCUGCACACAUUGUGCCUUGUACCUCUGUUCCACGAACAGCACCUCAACUGCAGCACAUGGCCCUCCGGGGUCAAUUGCUUGUCCUCUCUGCCGGCAUGGCAUAGUUUCAUUUGUCAGGCUUCUUUGCACAAGGCCAUUGGUCAAGGGGAUUUCAAGAACUAGUUUGUCCCUAACGUUUUGCACGUGUUCAAAUGAGGAACCAGAAUCCACUUCACUAGAAACCCCAUUCUGCAAGCCUGAUUUCCAUUCUGCCCGAAUGUCCCCACUGGGAUCUUCUUUCCGCUCUCUGAGUUGCCAACGGUUCCCAUCAGUAAAACUCAGCCCUAGCCUUUGCAUGGGAGCUCCAAACGCCAGUCCUCCUUUGGUUCCUAGAGGUGUUGAUCGGAACAUGCGUGAUCAGUUGUCUAGGUGCUCGAGAUCUGGCUUUAGCCGUUCCACUUCUCAUUCCGAGAGCAGAAGGUCAUGGUUUUGCUCUUUCAACCAAUAUGUAGCAACUGGCAGUGGAUGCUGAAUAUUACUGGAUCUAUUAUUUCAAUUAUUUUCCGAAAUUACCAUUUUCUUCUACAAUUGCGACCAUUAUUCGGUGAUGAAAUGAUAAAAGCUUGAUCUGUCAAGUGGAAGAAUGUCAAAUGAUGGUAGGAGGGCAUAUACUUCAUGCAAAUAUUUUUCAAGUUAAUCACUCAGCAUCAGUGGGAUCAACCAUAGGUAAUGGCCUACUAUCUCCUUUUACUUACUUUUUUUUUCUUUGAUUUAAGAUUGGAAUCUCUUGUUGAUAAAAAAAAGUUGUGUUUGUAUAUACAGAACAUCUGCCAUCAGCUAUAUAUAUAAUGAAUCCUUGGGGUUUACUAUUUACA